CUAGUAUCGAUUCCACUCUCCUUCCUCCUCCCAGUUUUGCGUCUGCGUCCUCACUUUCGGUCUGGUGUCCAGCCCAAGUACAAGCUCAAGCCCAAAUUAAUCAUGAAGGUCACUAUCAAAGAGUGGAACGCCGUCGCGACCUGGCGCUGGGACAUGCCCGACGAUGAGGUCUGUGGUAUUUGCCGCGUCCAGUUCGAUGGUACCUGUCCGACCUGCAAGUUUCCCGGCGACGAUUGCUCUUUACUGCUUGGGAAAUGCGGCCAUUCCUUUCAUAUGGUGCGAUUGCGGAUCCCAAUGUCCUCAUGGCGCAAGCGAGACACUACUGACCGAACCCAGCACUGUUUGAUGACAUGGAUCCAGCAAGAGUCCUCCAAGGGACUCUGUCCCAUGUGCCGACAGAGUAAGUCACUAUCAUGGCAUCACUUUCUGAAUAUGCACUUAGGCUUUACGUGCAGAAUUCGAAUGGAAACAGAAUGACGAAGAACAACAACAAGAACAACAACAAUAGCUGAUGAAUGACCAUCUGCUGUUCAUUCGAAGAAGGCGUUGACAGGCUCAGCCACUACGAUACCCAUUCCAUUCUACCUGGUUUCAUUAGGUACUCAUUGUUAUAUGCAAUUCUGCAUCUCCUCAUUCAUGUACAUAUACCCCAUCCUAGCAAUCAUCCCAAGCAGCGCCGAGUAUUUACAAUCGGCGAUCGGAUCACCUGACCGGUCUUAUCCUGCCUUAUCGAUAA